AUGGGACGCUACCGCAUUCGCGUGGCCACCGGAGCCUGGCUCUUCUCCGGGUCGCACAACCGCGUGCAGCUGUGGCUAGUCGGGGCGCGCGGGGAGGCGAAGCUGGAGCUGCAGCUACGGCCAGUGCGGGGCCAGGAGGAGGAGUUUGAACACGAAGUGCCUGAAGACCUGGGACCACUGCAGUUCGUGAAGCUGAGCAAACACCACUCCCUAGUGGACGACGCUUGGUUCUGUGACAACAUCACAGUGCAGGGUCCUGGAGCCGGCCCAGAGGCUACCUUCCCAUGCUACCGCUGGGUGCAGGGAGAGGGUUUGCUGAGCCUGCCAGAGGGCACUGCCCGCCUAGCAGGAAACAAUGCAUUGGACAUAUUUCAGAAGCAUCGAGAGAAGGAACUGAAGGAAAGACAACAGACAUACUGCUGGGCCACCUGGAAGGAGGGGUUACCCCUGACAAUAGCUGCAAGCUCUAAGGAUGAUCUACCUCCAAAUAUGAGAUUCCAUGAGGACAAGAGGCUAGACUUUGAAUGGACACUGAAAGCAGGGGCGCUGGAGACUAUCCUCAAGCGUGUUUACACCUUCCUGAGCUCCUGGGACCACUUGGAGGAUUUUGAUCAGAUCUUCUGGGGCCAAAAGAGCGCUCUGGCUGAGAAGGUUCACCAGUGCUGGCAGGAAGAUGAAUUUUUUGGCUAUCAGUUCCUCAAUGGAGCUAACCCCAUGCUGUUAAGACGCUCUACCUCUCUGCCCUCUCGCCUGAUACUGCCUGCAGGGAUGGAGGAGCUUCAGACUCAGCUGGAGAAAGAACUCCAGAAUGGUUCUCUAUUUGAAGCUGAUUUCAUCCUGCUGGAUGGAAUUCCAACCAAUGUGAUACGAGGAGAGAAGCAAUACCUGGCUGCCCCCCUCGUCAUGCUGAAGAUGGAUCCUAAUGGGAAGCUACUACCUUUGGUCAUCCAGAUCCAGACUCCCAGCCCCAGCCUCCCCACCCCACCAUUGUUCCUGCCCUCAGAUCCUCCACUUGCCUGGCUCCUGGCAAAAUCCUGGGUCCGAAAUUCAGAUUUUCAACUCCACCAGCUCCAAUAUCAUUUGCUGAACACUCAUCUGAUAGCUGAGGUCAUCGCUGUCGCCACCAUGAGGUGCCUCCCAGGGCUGCACCCUAUCUUCAAGCUCCUGAUCCCACAUAUCCGAUACACCAUGGAAAUCAACACCCGGGCACGUACACAACUCAUCUCAGAUGGAGGUAUAUUUGAUAAGGCAGUAAGCACAGGUGGAGGGGGCCAUGUGCAGUUGAUCCGCCGGGCCUUGGCUCAGCUGACCUACCGUUCCCUCUGUCCUCCUGAGGAUCUGGCUGAUAGGGGUCUGCUGGGAAUCCCGAGUGCUCUCUAUGCCCAAGAUGCUUUACGGCUCUGGGAGACCAUUGCCCGGUAUGUGGAGGGGAUCGUUCGUCUAUUCUACCAUGGGGACGAUACUGUGAGAGGGGACUCUGAGCUGCAGGCCUGGUGUCGGGAGAUCACUGAGGUGGGGCUGUGCCAGGCCCAGGACCGAGGUUUCCCAGUCUCCUUCCAGUCCCAGAACCAACUCUGUCAUUUCCUUACUAUGUGUGUCUUCACAUGCACUGCCCAGCAUGGGGCCAUCAACCAGGGACAGCUGGACUGGUAUUCCUGGGUCCCUAAUGCCCCAUGCACAAUGAGGAUGCCCCCACCCACCACUAAGGAAGACGUAACAAUGGCCACCAUGAUGGGCUCGCUACCCGAUGUCCAACAGGCCUGUCUCCAAAUGACCAUCUCAUGGCAUCUGGGUCGCCGUCAGCCAGACAUGGUGCCUCUUGGGCAUCACAAAGAAAAGUAUUUCUCCAACCCCAAGUCCAAGGCUAUACUAUGCCAAUUCCAAACAGAUCUGGAAAACCUGGAGAAGGAAAUUGUAGCCAGGAACAAGCAACUUGACCUUCCUUAUGACUACCUGAAGCCUAGCAGCAUAGAAAACAGUGUCACCAUCUGAGUCCUACAGUGCCCCAAUCUAAAAGGCUUCAUUCAAAUGAGCUCUAAGAUUAACAUUUCCAACUUGAAUUGCAUAGUUUCCUAAGUCUCUGCUGCUAAGAUUCUUGUUUUCAUCAGAAAAAAAAAAGACAUUAAAAUAAUUCUUUCUUUAGAAAAAAUUUGAACACUGGGUAUGAAACUAUCAUUAACAGUUAUUUUCCCCCAAAAAAAGGGAAAAUAACAAAAUAAAAUAUUCCCAAAAAGGUUCUAUUUCCUUUCCCAUUGAAUAUUUUUUCCCAGUAGCCUGCUUUGAGAGGAAGCAGAAAAUCUUUGCUAUUAAGGGACUAAAUAGAAAUUUCAUGUUUUGUAGAUCACACAGUCUGUCACUACUGAGCAGCUCACUCAUUGUACCA